AUGGGCGAACGGACAGAACAUGAUUAUCGCACCAGCAUAUCUAGCGAAGAUAUCGAACCGCAUCGCAGCGCCGACGGGGCAGAUGGAAUCGCGUUGGAAAAGCAAAGUACUGCGGCGUCGGGGUAUUCGGCCUUUCAACAGCGCACGCAGUCAAUAGUUUCGCGCAUUCGGAGUCGAGACCCAGACCAGACGGCGCAAUUCAAUCAUCCACUCACGAAUACCAAGACAAGUCCUGAUGUCAUUGUCGAUUUCGAAGGGCCGGAUGAUCCUUAUAGACCAUUGAACUGGAGUUUCAGGAAGAAGGCUAUCACAACUGUGUUGUAUGGAUUAACUACUAUGGGUUCGACGUGGGCGAGUUCAAUCUACUCGACGGGUCAGGCAGAGAUUAGCGAGGAGUUCGGCGUCUCAAAUGAGGUUGCUACACUCGGAACCUCAUUACUUUUGUUCGGCAUGGGAUUGGGCCCGUUGAUCUGGGCGCCUCUGUCUGAGCUCUAUGGACGCAAAGCCGCAGUUUUACCGCCAUAUUUUCUCGCGGCGGUCUUUUCGUUCGCGACUGCCACCGCGAAAGACGUGCAGACUAUUAUGAUCACUCGAUUCUUUACGGGCUUUUUCGGCUCGGCCCCUGUUACUAACACCGGCGGAGUCCUGGGUGAUAUUUGGUCCGCCGAAGAGCGCGGAGCUGCCAUUGUUGGUUAUGCCAUGGCCGUGGUGGGUGGGCCUGUCAUUGGGCCUAUAGCGGGUGGUGCCAUCGUUCAGAGCAAUCUUGGAUGGCGCUGGACUGAAUAUAUUACUGGUAUCAUGAUGAUGUUCUUCCUAACCAUGGACCUCCUCUUCGUUGACGAGAGCUACCCACCAGCUCUGCUAGUCUACAAAGCGCGCCGGCUCCGCUUCGAAAGCGGCAACUGGGCCCUCCAUGCCCGCCACGAGGAGUGGGACGUGACCCUCAAAGAAAUAGGCAACAAAUACCUCAUCCGUCCCUUCCAACUCCUCGCAACCCCAAUCUGCUUCCUCGUCGCCCUCUACGCAUCAUUCGUCUACGGUAUCCUCUACCUCAGUCUAGCAGCCUUCCCAAUCGUCUUCCAGGAAAUCCGCGGCUGGAACCAAGUCAUCGGCGCACUACCAUUCCUCGCCUACUUAGUCGGCAUCCUAAUGGGCGCAACCAUCAACCUUGCGAACCAGAGGUUCUACAUAAAACGCUUCAAAGCGAACAACAACCGCCCCAUCCCCGAAGCUCGUCUCCCACCCAUGAUGAUCGGCUCUGUGCUCUUCGCUGCGGGUAUGUUCGUUUUUGGUUGGACAAGUCCAAAACACAUUCACUGGAUCUUUCCGAAUAUCGGCGCGGUCAUGAUGGGCUUUGGCUUUUUCACGAUCUUCCAGGCAGCCAUCAACUACCUCAUUGAUACGUUCCAAAAAUACUCCGCUAGCGCGAUCGCUGCGAACACUUUCCUGCGUUCGAUGUUUGCUGGCGGUUUCCCGCUUUUCACAACCCCUAUGUUCCAUAAUCUUGGUGUUCCUUGGGCUGCUAGCGUGCUGGGCUUCAUUUCUGUUGCUCUCAUCCCAAUCCCAUAUCUGUUCUACAGGUACGGGAAGCGGAUUCGAGCGCGCGGGACGUGGUCGCGAGAUUCUGUUUAA